AUGUCACCGUUUCUGGAAAAGUAUUCUUUGAAGGCGUUUGCGGAGCGUGUUUUUGUCGAGACACUCGUGGAUAAACUGGUGGAGCUGAGCCCAGCAACAGCUCGCUCUGCAAGGCGCUGCCUUUUGCAACGCCAGCCUGAGUUACAUCCCAAGGUGGCGGUGAAGUUGGAACCGAGGAGCACUGAAACUGUGAGGAUGGAUGUGAACUUACGGGGUGCUGUACGUGCUGAGGAGCAAAAUGUUUCCGCUGCUGGGCGUUUUUUUUUGUUGUUGACUCACAUGCGCGAAGGGCGAUGGCUGGAUUGCAGAAAACUAAGACGGGUGGGCAUCACACCGACACCAGCGCGGUGA